AUGCGCGGUGAGAAAGUUCGUGACGUUCGCGCGCCUCGCGUUCAACGCCGCCGCGGCGUUCCGCUUGUCCGCGUUCACCGCGUCGUCGAGGUCUUUCAUCGCCGCCGGGUCCACGGAGAGUCGAACGAUCUCGUUGUGCAGCUUUCGCUGCCACCCUUCCUCCGACGCGAGUUUCGAGACCGGGGGUUUGAACAGCAUCGACGGCGGCGGGACCGCCUUCCCGGGUUUCGCGCUCGCACCGGACGCGCGGGCGUCGACGCUCGUAGUAGAACUGUCGCGAUUUCGCGCGAGCGUCGCGGUCGUUAUCGGCGGCGGCAUCACCGCCGCGGACGCUUGCUUCAUCGCCCUGCGGUUCACGUCGAGAGACGUUCCCUUGUCCAGGCCCAGCUGCGAGAGCGUCGUGUACACCGUCGCCGCGCAUCGCUCGCUGCACCCCGGCGCCCUCCGCGCUCUCAGCGUCGCGGACGCGAGGUCGUAGUCCAGGUCCAAAUUCGCCAUCCCCAUUUCGGCCGGGACGGCGGGCCGCCGCGGCGUCAACGGCAAUGGCAAAUUCGGCACUUACACUGUGUGACUCAUCGGACGAGCCGUUGUUGCUCGCGAGGGGCCGCGGGGCAAACCGCCAUUGAGACGGCGCCUCGGGGGAGAGGACGGGCGCUGUCGAUCAUGCGCACGCCGCGCAUAACACGCGCGGCGCGGGCACGGCGACGCCCCCGCGACGCGAUGGCGUUUCUCCUCGCGCUCGCGACCGUCGUCCUCGCGCGCCUCCCGCGCGCGCGCGCGGCGUGGAAUCUUCAAGAACUCUGGGACGACGAGGUCCUGGAGUACGUCCAGCAGUACACCGGCGACCUGGACGCCGCGGGCACACCCGUGGACAGCAAGUUCUUGAAGUGGGAGCAGACGGGUUGGUAUCAGCUCAUGAAGGACCGCUCGAGCGCGGGGAUGGACAAGGGGAAAGACCAAAUAGACACGGGCCUGGGGUACAACAACGAGUUCCCCGGCCUCGGCACGAAAGAGGCGCAGCUGUACAGCAACGCGUUGCGUCGGUGCGGUCCGAACCUCGAGCGCACGCCGCAACGCGAGGUCGGAUGCACGAACGACCUCCCGCCCGGGUCGCCGUACGGUGAGACCGGGUCCCCGGGGUUCGGGCCGCAGCAGUACGCGUACCGAGGGAGCUCGCUGGGCCCGCCGGACGAGCCGUUGUCCGACGAAGGGUGCGACUACAAGCUGUCGUACGAGGAGAAUCAACAGAUGGGAUACGAGUGCUACCGCCUCCCCGCGCUCGGGGGCGUGCGGACGCCGCCGGAGGCGAACGUCGCGGAAAACUUGGGGUACGCGACGCAAGGGAUGCGGCUGCCGGCGGCGGAGUGGCGCGACCGGUUAGAUCCGUACUACCAGAGGUGGUACGACAGCGCGCCGUUGCAGUGGGGGUUCGAAGAGGGGACGUUUUUUCCAAACUGGAUGCUCGUGUCCUCGGGGAUGCCAAAUUUCGUCGUGAAGAAGCACUGCUACUUGCACCCGCACAGCGGCGUGUACCAGCUCUGCAGCGCGUACCCGUGGGAUAAGCGGAACUUGACGCACGGUCUGUUGCACGUCCGGUCCGUGCCGUUCGUCUUGGGCAUCGGCGACUUGACGUUCGAAGCCAACGGCGGCGACAGCACGGUGCCGGACAUGCCAAAGUCCACGUUCCCGCUCGCGUCGAACGGCGAGGGGAUCUUAGGCGUCGCGCUCACGCGUCUAUCCGACGGAAGCCGCAUGCAGGUGAAACCCAUCCGCGCGCGGAGGCACUGGGAGACGCUCGGAUGGGGCGCGGACGAGCUCGCGGCGAUGCGCGGGGAGAAGUUCACGCUCGACAUUUAUGACUACCGCGCCGGAGACUGGGGCUGGGCGUCCGUGGACACGUUCGUCGUCCCCGCGGCGUGGAUCCAGAUCGAGUCCGUGACCCCGAUCGGUGGCCCGAGAGCGGGAGGGACCGAGAUCGAGAUUGUGGGGAAGAACUUUGGCAACUCCGCGGACGGCAUCGUCGUCUUCAUCGGCGACAAGGAGUGCACGUCGCUGGGGAUGACGCAGACGGGGUCGUUGUCGUGCGUGACCCCGCCCGGGGACGGCGCGGGGGUCACCGUCUCCGUCGUCAUCGGGGAUUACGACCGCAUCUUACAGCAAGGCCCUUUCGGCGGGCACCAAGCCGGGCACUGCGGGGACGAGUCGGUGUCGUACCCGUUUUCGCCGUGCACGCUCGGGGAGGCGUCGCUCGAGGCGGGUGUCCCGAAGAGAGGGUUCACGUACCUCGACGCGCCGUACUGGAUAUCCACGCCGGUCACGACCGCGCAGGAGGACAGUCAGUAUAGGUAUAAAGCCGCCGCCGCGGACGACGACGUCGGGGACGAGCUGUUCUUCACCGCGGAGAUUUUGCCCGCGUUCAUGCGCUUCGACCCCGCGACGCAAGUCAUCUCCGGGACGCCGCUCAGAGGGGACGUGAACUGCAGGAGCGACAAGUGGCACCCCGCGGUGGACCGAUGCCGCGAGGGCGGGUUCCAUCGCGUGCGACUAGCCGUGAGCGACUACACGUUCGUCGUGUAUCAGGACUUCAUCGUGCACGUCAUCGCGAACCCGUCGCCGCUGCUGUCGAACGACAAGUCGUUUCACUGGCCGACGUCGAGGGAGAUCA